GACAGAAAUACUUGUGAUUUUAUUUUAGCUGUUAUGGAGAAUGCAGCUCUAAUGGCGGGAGAUGAGGAUAUGAGGAGGUGCUGGAGGAGGAGGUGGGAGUCCUCCUGAUCCCCUCCGGACCUGCAGGGGGCGCUGCUGCACCCACUGGCUGUUUCCCAACCGCUAACACGGAAAAAACGCCACGAAGAAGAAAACCCAUCUGCGCAUGCGUAUCAUUCCUUCAGAUAAAUCCUAACAGAGACCCAAGUUCCCACUUUUCGGGACCAAACUCCUUAAAUGUUCGAACCUCACCUCCCGGUUCCGGUUCGGCGGUGCGGACACAGCUCGCGAAGAUGACGUCUGUGGACUCCACGGAACCAGCAGGGGACUUCCCGACCCAGAAGGUGAGCGUGGGCCCGCAAAGAUCUCCGGUUCUGGUUCUGACCCGGAUUGUUGUUCAACCACGAAGUUGCGGGAGCUGCGACGGCGGCCCGGCCCGGUGUUGGUGCGUGGACUGCAGUGAAGCUCUGUGCCACGACUGCGUGUCGGCCCAUCGGAGGGUCACCGUGACCCGGAGACACAAACUCCUCGACCAGGCGCCACCAGAGGUCCUCUCCAUCUCUCCCACCAAGUUCUGCAGCCUCCACCCGUCUGAGGCGCUGCGGCUCUUCUGCUUCAGGUGCAACCAGAUCACCUGCAGGGACUGUCAGCUGGUGGCCCACCAGAACCACAGCUUCGAGUUCAUCAGCAAAGCGGUGGAGAGUCUGAAGAAGCAGCUGGUCUCCUCCAUCCAGCCGCUCCAGGAGCAGAUGAGGGCCUCCAGGAGGAGCAUCAUAGACAUGGAGGAGCGACUGGCGGCUCUGUCCCAGCAUGAGACCUUCAUCCAGACCAAGCUGCAGAAGAACUUCUCCGCCUUAGCGCUGUUUCUGUCCAGGAGGCUGGAGAAGGUCCUGAAGGAGGUGCAGAAGAUCCACGCCUGGGAACGGCAGCAGAUCCAGACCCGGAUGCUGAAGGUCCGAGAGCUGCAGCGCGGCUGCAUGGCGGUGACGGCCGCCGCCGUGCAGGCCCAGAACACCACGGACCUGCUGGAGCUGCUCGGCUGCAUGGCGCAGAUUAAACCUCAGGUGAAGCAGCUCGUCAGCCAAGACUCCGCCCCCCCCGAGGCCAUGGCCUGUUUGAGGGUCGUCACCGACCAGAAAUCUAUGGACACCAUCCUGCAGUUCGGUAAAAUCGAGGUGUCCUGGGUCCCUUUCUCUGCGUCCCAAACCCCCAAACAGGAUCCCUCAUCAUUCCAUGAGGUCGCUCCUCCCACCUCCUC